GAUAGCUUAUUCAAGCUAUGACGACGCGUAUAUAUUAUUGCCAGUAGUGUCACAUGAUAAAGACAGGACAAGAUGGCGAGUCAAACGCAAGGAAUUCAGCAACUGCUUGCUGCCGAAAAACGUGCUGCUGAGAAAGUUGCCGAUGCUAGACGAAGGAAAGCCAACCGUUUAAAACAAGCAAAGAAGGAGGCUGAUGGAGAGAUCAAUGCAUACAAGGGGGAUAGAGAGAGACAGUACAAAGAGUAUGAAGCCAAGGUCCUAGGAUCCCGUGGUGAUAUGGAAACCAAGAUUGAAGAGAACACACGCCAGAAGAUCUCUGAGCUCAAUGAGAGUGUCAAGCGCAACAGUGAAGCUGCUUUGAGACGUCUGUUGGAAAUAGUCUAUGACAUCAAACCUGAAUUGCAUGAAAAUUUGCAGUUAUAAUUUUGUCAAAGCUCGUCUUUGUUCCUUAUAUAGAGAAGUUCAGGGAGAUACAUUGAGAAUUUCAGUAAUGAUAAACAAGGGCUGAAUCAUCAAACAUUAUCAUUUUGAAUGUUAUGGUAGGUGUUCCUUUGAUUGUUCUGGUUAUGUCAGUGUAAUAAUUUGGCUACAUAAUGUUCUGUGUAUUAUGUGUUUGUGGUAUCAUCACAGUCUGGUCAAUCUCAGUUGUUCUGAAUAUCAAUAUUAAAUCUUGAAACUUG